UUCAACUUCCACCCCCUCAGUCCCCUCCCACCAUGUUUGGUUUGAGAAAAGCAAUGAAUUCAAAGCUUAAAAUCAAAACCCCAUUUUCCUGUUUCCUUUUUCAUCUCUUUUUCAUUUCCUUGCAUUGAAGGGAAGACACGGGCUUAGUUAAAGUUCUUCUCUCUGUCUGUCUCAUGAUUGAGUUUUAAGAAGAAAGGAAAUGGGGAAUUGUGUUACAAUCUACAAGAACAAAGAUGUUGCAGACAUGGACCUUAGUGUCCGAAUUCAAUCACCCAUUAAAGACGACAAUGUCGGAAAGGAGGCUGCAGACAUGGGUAAAGCAGAGGAGAGGUUUUUUGAUUCCCAGCCAUGGUUAGACUCUGAUUGUGACGAUUUCUUCAGUGUUAAUGGUGAUUCCGUCUCUUCUUCUUGCAACAGUCCAAACCAUCAGAAAAGCUUCAGGGAAAAUUCAAAACCUGAUAAAAAUCAAUCACUGGAUCAUGGAGUGCCUGCAGAGUCUCCCACUGAUACAAAGAAGCUACUAAUCGAGUUGUUUCGCGAGAGCGUCAACGACGACGAUGCCAACGACAACAACGAUCCGAGUUCGAAACAACGGUCCAAAAACGAACCUUCAACAACAAGUCCAUACGAAUCUAUCCCGAACUCCGCUCACAGUAGCGGAACAACACCGCACCGGGGAUGCCUCCCGAGGAACGACAAACCGGCCCAGUCCGCGCAGCGCUGCCUUCCAAGUUUCGUGCGCAACACGAGCUUUGGUGAGAGGAAGAAAAGGCUAAGCCCUGCCCAAAACUGAUGCAUGGUAAGGUAAGACAUAUUUACUUUGUACAAACCUCUAAAGGUACAAUAUAGAAAACCUUACUCGGAUUUAAGUGUUAGUGUCGG